UGCCUGGAAAGCCGAGGUUUAGUGGCGGAUCUGCCUACUGCUGUGACUUUGAAGGAGUGAGAAGUGGACACGUUCCUUUACACAGGGUUGGCUGCAGCCUCUAUGUCGGGGUUAGGAAACCACUGUUAUUUCUGUUGUUGAAAAGCCUCGGUCUCGCUAAUACUGGUGUGGUUUUGGCUACACUCAGAUUUUAAGGAAAGGCCAAUUUUCAGUAAGACGUUGGUGACAAUAGAGAGGGUAUUUUUCUUUCCCGUGCAAGCUCACCGGUCUGCUGAAUCCUCACCAGCGGCCCCUUGCUAAGAAUGGCUGGUCCAGAGGCUGGAAUCCCCUCACCUUGGAGGUGAAGGGCAUUUACUGUGCUGUGAGAUUACCCAAAGCCCUACAUUUUCAGGUGGGGGAGCUGAGGCUCAAAGAGGAACAGCUUGCACAAGAGUCCGGGGCUGGGCCGUUGGCCUGGACUCCUUGCCCAGCCUUUGAAACCCCGGAACUCCCAGCCCAGGGCUUGGAGCCUCGCUGAUGUCUAUGGCUCCUGGCCUGCUCCGUGGGAUCCUUGCUCUUCGCUCUGGCGUGGGCGCAGCUCUGCAGGUGCGCGGGGUCCAUCCGAGCUUGGCUGCUGACAGCCCGAGCAGCACCCACCCCGCCGUGUCCCAGGCCGGAGCCGUGGUCCCCAAAUCCGCCGCCCUUCCCAGCAGCCGGGGCGAGUAUGUGGUGGCCAAGCUGGAUGACCUCAUCAACUGGGCCCGCCGGAGCUCCCUGUGGCCCAUGACCUUUGGCCUGGCCUGCUGCGCCGUGGAGAUGAUGCAUAUGGCAGCGCCCCGCUACGACAUGGACCGCUUUGGCGUGGUCUUCCGCGCCAGCCCCCGCCAGUCCGACGUGAUGAUCGUGGCUGGGACGCUCACCAACAAGAUGGCCCCCGCGCUCCGCAAGGUCUAUGACCAGAUGCCAGAGCCUCGCUACGUCGUGUCUAUGGGGAGCUGCGCCAACGGAGGUGGCUACUACCACUACUCCUACUCUGUGGUGCGAGGCUGCGACCGUAUUGUGCCCGUGGACAUCUACGUCCCAGGGUCCUCACCGGACGCUGGCGUGGCCUGGGGGUUGGCAGGCAGCCCACAUUGUCCUCCCGGGUACCGAGCCGGGUCACGUGGCGGGAGGGCCAGGGCCAGGGCAGCUCGGCCUGGGAGGGGUAGCCCAGGCCUCCCUCAUCCUGGCUGGGAGGUCGGCCCUGGGGUCAGCAGCUGCCCACCCUGCCCCUCUCUGGCUCCUUUCCCGUGAUGGGCCAAGCCCCCCAGCUCUCUUGGUGCAGAGCCCUGUCUUGCCCCUUCCCAUCCUGGGAAGUGGCCUGGUUGCCCCCACCUGGAGCAG